UUGGACGUUGGAGGAAGGAGCUGCCCGGCGCGGGGACGGGCUCUGGGCGCUGCAGCCGUGGAGUAUUGGGGGAUCGGAGACACAUUUCCAGAGACACCAUCUGCAGUGUCAAUGCGGCGCCUGCACUGAAGACCGGGGGAGGGGGGGAGAAGGAAAAAAAAAGCAGCUUUCCCAGGACAAAAUCCACGAAGGGACUUUGAAAACACUUUCCGCUCUGCAUCCUCACUCGCUUGGGAAUACAAAACUUUCUAACCAUGUCGGCGGCCAUGUGGAAAUGGACUUGCCUGAUUUCCCACCUGCUCCUAUCUCCCAUGAUGUCAUCCCUCGCUAGGCAACAGCCGCCUCAUCCAAAGAGGCCCUUUGCCACUUUCCCUGGAGAGCAGGCAGAGGGGACUUUUAACCACUUGGUGGUUGAUGAAAAAACUGGGCACAUUUACUUGGGGGCCGUCAACAGGAUCUACAAACUCUCCAAUGACCUAAAAGUUCUGGUGACCCACCAGACUGGUCCAGAUGAGGAUAACCCAAAGUGCUAUCCUCCCAGGAUAGUCCAGACUUGCAAUGAACCCUUGACUCUCACUAACAACAUCAACAAGAUGCUCCUGAUAGACUACAAGGAGAACAGGUUGAUCGCCUGUGGGAGCCUUUACCAGGGGAUCUGCAAGCUCUUGAGGCUGGAGGACCUCUUCAAGCUGGGAGAGCCCUUCCAUAAGAAGGAGCAUUACCUCUCUGGGGUAAACGAGAGUGGCUCUGUUUUUGGAGUCAUUGUUUCUUACAGCCACAUGGAUGACAAGCUGUUCAUCGCCACAGCCGUGGACGGCAAGCCGGAGUACUUCCCUACCAUCUCCAGCAGGAAACUCACCAAGAACUCCGAGGCAGAUGGGAUGUUUGCUUAUGUCUUUCACGACGAGUUCGUGGCCUCCAUGAUCAAGAUCCCCUCAGACACGUUCACCAUCAUCCCAGACUUCGACAUCUACUACAUCUACGGCUUCAGCAGCGGCAACUUCGUCUACUUUCUGACCUUGCAGCCUGAGAUGAUCUCCCCGCCUGGCUCCACCACCAAGGAGCAGGUCUACACCUCCAAGCUGGUCCGGCUCUGCAAGGAGGACACAGCCUUCAACUCCUACGUAGAGGUGCCCAUUGGCUGCGAGAAGAAUGGGGUGGAGUAUCGGCUCCUCCAAGCAGCCUAUUUAUCUAAGGCAGGUGCCAUCUUGGCCAGAUCCUUGGGUGCCAGCCCCGACGACGAUAUCCUUUUCACAAUCUUCUCCAAGGGGCAGAAGAGGAAAAUGAAGUCCUUGGAUGAGUCUGCUCUGUGCAUCUUCAUCCUGAAAAAGAUCAAUGACCGCAUCAAAGAAAGGCUUCAGUCCUGCUACAGGGGAGAGGGGACCUUAGAUCUGGCCUGGCUCAAAGUUAAGGACAUUCCCUGUGGCAGCGCGCUGUUAACAAUUGAUGACAAUUUCUGCGGCCUGGAUAUGAAUGCCCCUCUGGGAGUAUCGGAGAUGGUGCGAGGACUCCCCAUCUUCACCGAAGACGGGGACAGGAUGACAUCCGUGAUCGCCUACGUCUACAAGAACCACUCACUGGCGUUUGUGGGCACCAAAAGUGGCAAGAUGAAAAAGAUCCGCGUAGAUGGCCCCACCAAUGGUGCCCUGGAGUAUGAGAUCGUGCAGGUAGUGGACACCGGCCCCAUAUUACGGGACAUGGCCUUUUCAGUGGAUCACGAGCACCUGUACAUCAUGUCUGAGAAGCAGCUGACCAGAGUGCCUGUGGAGUCGUGUGGGCAGUACAAGACCUGCAGCGCGUGCCUGGGCUCCGGGGACCCGCACUGUGGCUGGUGUGUGCUUCACAACACGUGCACCAGGAAGGAACGGUGUGAGCGCUCCAGCGAGCCUCGGAGAUUCGCCUCGGAGAUGAAGCAGUGUGUCCGGCUUACCGUGCAUCCCAACAACAUCUCCGUCUCCCAGUACAACGUGCUGCUGGUCUUGGAGACCUACAACGUCCCUGAGUUGUCAGCAGGGGUCAACUGCACCUUCGAGGACCUUUCCGAGAUGGACGGCUUGGUGGUGGGGAACCAGAUCCAGUGCAUCUCCCCAGCUGCCAAGGAGGUGCCCCAGAUCAUCAUGGAGAACGGAGACCAUCACAUUGUCCAGCUCCAGCUCAAGUCCAAGGAGACAGGCAUGACCUUUGCCAGCACCAGCUUUGUCUUCUACAACUGCAGCGUCCACAACUCGUGUCUGUCCUGUGUGGAGAGCCCCUAUCGGUGUCACUGGUGCAAAUAUCGCCACAUCUGCACCCACGACCCCCGUUCCUGCUCCUUCCAGGAAGGGCGAGUCAAGCUGCCAGAGGACUGUCCUCAGUUGCUCCAGGCAGACAAGAUCCUGGUGCCGGUGGAAGUGAUCAAGCCAAUCACCCUGAAAGCCAAGAACCUGCCACAGCCGCAGUCGGGGCAGCGGGGCUAUGAGUGUAUCCUGAAUAUCCAGGGCAACGAGCAGCGGGUCCCCGCCCUGAGGUUUAACAGCUCCAGCGUGCAGUGCCAGAACACCUCGUAUUCAUAUGAAGGGAUGGAGAUUAACAGCCUGCCGGUGGAGCUGACAGUCGUGUGGAAUGGGAAUUUCAACAUUGACAACCCAGCGCAGAACAAAGUGCACCUGUACAAAUGUGGGGCCAUGCGGGACAGCUGCGGCCUGUGCCUGAAAGCCGACCCAGACUUCGAGUGCGGCUGGUGUGAGGGACAGAACCAGUGCACGCUGAAGCACCACUGCCCCAUCCCGGAGAACCAGUGGCUGGAACUAUCCGGGACCAAAGGCAAAUGCACCAAUCCCCGGAUCACUGACAUCAUCCCAGUGACGGGUCCUCGGGAAGGAGGAACCAAAGUGACGAUCCGGGGGGAGAAUCUGGGCCUAGAGUUCCGGGACAUUGCAUCUCAUGUCAAAGUGGCUGGAGUGGAGUGCAAACCACUGGUGGAAGGUUACAUCCCAGCAGAACAGAUAGUGUGCGAGAUGGGAGAGGCCAAACCCAGCCAGCACGCCGGAUUCGUGGAGAUCUGCGUGGCCGAGUGUAAGCCCGAGUUCAUGGCCAGGUCCUCCCAGCUGUACUACUUUAUGACUCUGACUCUCUCUGACCUGAAGCCAAAGCGGGGUCCAGUGUCGGGGGGCACACAGGUGACCAUUACAGGCACCAACCUGAAUGCUGGCAGCAACGUUGUGGUGACAUUUGGCCGGCAGCCCUGUCUCUUUUACAGGAGGUCCACCAAGUACAUUGUCUGUAACACCACAGCCUCGGAUGAUGGCUUUGAUAAGGUGAAGGUGUCCGUGAGGGUGGACAAGGCCAAGAUACAUCAGGAGUUGCAGUUUGAGUACAUGGAGGACCCCACCGUCCUGAGGAUUGAGCCGGAGUGGAGCAUCAUCAGUGGAAACACCCCCAUAGCCGUGUGGGGAACUCACCUGGACCUUAUCCAGAACCCUCAGAUCCGGGCCAAGCAUGGUGGGAAGGAACAUGUCAAUAUCUGCGAGGUACAGAAUGCCACGGAGAUGACCUGCCAGGCCCCAGCACUGGCCAUGGACCCAAAUCACCAGUCCGAGCUAACUGAGCGCCCAGAAGAGUUUGGUUUUAUCCUGGAUAAUGUUCAGUCCCAGCUGAUCCUCAACAAAACCAACUUCACCUACUACCCAAACCCAGUCUUUGAGGCUUUCAACCCCUCGGGGAUCCUGGAGCUGAAGCCAGGAACGCCCAUCAUACUAAAGGGGAAGAACCUAAUCCCGCCGGUGACUGGAGGGAACGCCAAGCUCAAUUACACUGUGCUGAUAGGUGAGAAGCCAUGUUUGGUGACCGUGUCAGAUGUGCAGCUGCUGUGCGAGUCCCCAAACCUCAUUGGACGGCACAAAGUGAUGGCUCGAGUGGGAGGAUUGGAGUUCUCCCCAGGGAUGGUUUACAUCUCUCCCGACAGCCCACUCAGCCUGCCGGCCAUCGUCAGCAUUGCCGUGGCUGGUGGCCUGCUCAUCAUCUUCAUCGUGGCCGUGCUGAUUGCGUACAAGCGCAAGUCCCGCGAGAGCGACCUGACCCUCAAGCGACUGCAGAUGCAGAUGGACAACCUGGAGUCCAGGGUGGCACUGGAGUGCAAGGAAGCUUUUGCAGAGCUUCAGACAGACAUUCAUGAGCUGACGAGCGACUUGGAUGGCGCUGGCAUCCCCUUCCUUGAUUACCGCACCUACACCAUGAGAGUGCUUUUCCCUGGCAUUGAAGACCACCCUGUCCUACGGGAUCUGGAGGUCCCUGGAUAUCGGCAGGAGCGGGUAGAGAAGGGCUUGAAGCUCUUCGCCCAACUCAUCAACAACAAGGUGUUCCUGCUGUCCUUCAUCCGCACUCUGGAGUCCCAGCGCAGCUUCUCCAUGCGGGACCGUGGCAAUGUGGCCUCGCUCAUCAUGACCGUGCUGCAGAGCAAGCUGGAGUAUGCCACCGAUGUCCUCAAGCAGCUCCUGGCUGACCUCAUUGACAAGAACUUGGAGAGCAAAAACCACCCCAAACUACUGCUGAGGAGGACGGAGUCUGUGGCAGAGAAGAUGCUCACUAAUUGGUUCACCUUCCUGCUGUACAAGUUCCUCAAGGAAUGCGCUGGUGAGCCGCUGUUCUCCCUCUUCUGCGCCAUCAAACAGCAGAUGGAAAAGGGCCCCAUUGACUCUAUCACCGGGGAAGCCCGCUAUUCGCUGAGCGAGGACAAGCUCAUCCGGCAGCAGAUUGACUACAAGACACUGGUCCUGAGCUGCGUGAACCCCGACAACGUGAACAGCCCAGAGAUCCCUGUGAAGAUCCUCAACUGCGACACCAUCACGCAGGUCAAGGAGAAGAUUCUUGACGCCAUCUUCAAGAAUGUGCCGUGCUCCCACAGGCCCAAAGCUGCUGACAUGGACCUGGAGUGGCGGCAGACGAGUGGGGCCCGAAUGAUCCUGCAGGACGAAGACAUCACCACCAAGAUAGAGAAUGACUGGAAGAGACUCAAUACCUUGGCGCACUACCAGGUGCCAGAUGGAUCGGUGGUAGCAUUAGUCUCCAAGCAGGUCACUGCCUACAAUGCUGUCAACAACUCCACUGUCUCCAGGACCUCAGCUAGCAAGUAUGAAAACAUGAUCCGUUACACGGGCAGCCCGGACAGCCUGCGCUCUCGCACACCCAUGAUCACACCUGACCUGGAGAGCGGCGUCAAGAUGUGGCAUCUAGUCAAGAAUCAUGAGCAUGGAGACCAAAAAGAAGGUGACCGGGGCAGCAAGAUGGUGUCUGAGAUCUACCUGACCCGGCUGCUGGCCACCAAGGGCACUUUGCAGAAGUUUGUCGACGACCUCUUUGAGACGAUCUUCAGCACGGCGCACCGCGGCAGUGCCCUGCCCCUGGCCAUCAAGUACAUGUUUGAUUUCCUGGACGAGCAGGCAGAUAAGCACAACAUCCACGACCCCCACGUGCGGCACACCUGGAAGAGCAACUGUUUGCCACUACGGUUCUGGGUCAACAUGAUCAAAAACCCCCAGUUCGUAUUUGACAUCCACAAGAACAGCAUCACAGAUGCCUGCCUCUCGGUGGUGGCUCAGACCUUCAUGGACUCCUGUUCAACCUCGGAGCACCGUCUGGGCAAAGACUCCCCUUCUAACAAGCUUCUGUAUGCCAAGGACAUCCCCAGCUACAAGAAUUGGGUGGAAAGGUACUACUCGGACAUCGGCAAAAUGCCGGCAAUCAGUGACCAGGACAUGAACGCCUACCUGGCGGAGCAGUCUCGCAUGCACAUGAACGAGUUUAACACCAUGAGCGCGCUCUCUGAGAUCUAUUCCUACGUGGGCAAGUACAGCGAGGAGAUUCUCGGAGCCCUCGAUCAAGAUGACCAGGCCGGGAAACAGAAACUCGCCUACAAACUUGAACAAGUCAUAACCCUCAUGAGCAUAGACAGCUGAGAACUGGCCUGCCAGGGGACCCCUGGGAGGGAAAAACCAAGCCGUGCCUCAGUCAAGAUCACCAUCUUACCAAGUGCAAGUGUAAGCAGAGUCACCUGAUCAGUGCUCUCUCUCUCUCUUCCUCUCUCUCCUCUCUCCAAACCUAUAGACCAGGCCCCAGGAUUCCCGGGAAGUGGUGGUGGAGGAAUCUCAGCUUUGGGGGACAUCGAGACAUUCAGGUGGAGCUCUCUUGUUCACAGCUUCCCCUUCCUCCCUCACCCUAGAAAUACCAUAUCAGCUGUAUCCAGAUGGGAAGCUGGAAGGUGGCCUCUGCCAUGCUGCUUUAACUGCCCUCCUGGGCCCAUCGCCCCAGAGCGGUCAUGGAAACAAACUCAGUAUUAUUAGAGUCUUGCUAAGGGGAAGCUACUCCCCUUGCUUAGCCUGCCUCCAGGGAUCCCAACGGGGGCAGGAGUGAACCUGGAUCCUUCUCCAGCAGAGCCGUUACAGCCCCUUUGGUCAACCUCAGUCCCACAGGUGGGAAUUCAAGGCAAAUCUGGGAAGCCCCAGGGACCUGGUUGAAAUUGGAGCAGGACCGUCGUGGAACUGGGGACACUAACUCUCUGGGUGAACAGCAAUGUGAGCCGUUCUCCAGGGAUGGGGGAAGGUGGGGGCCUCACCUUGCCCCCCGCCCAGUUUUUCAUACGUUUAUUAUUAUUUUUAAAACAGAUCUGUGCCCCUCCCAGUCUUUCCAGUGUGUCCUGUCAACCAUGUAACUACAACAAAAUGCUCUCUGCCUAGUUGUACCCCAUUGGUGGUAAUUGUGUCAUCCUGGUGGUGUAUAGCACCCCGUUUCCAACCACGUCCGAGAGAAGACAAAUCACAAGGAACCACGUUUCAUUCUGGCCUUGAAAAUCAUGGCGGUCCAGGAAAUGGAUAAGUUCUACCAUGGGAUUUUUGUUUGUUUCUCUUUCUGAGCUGGAACAAGAUGUUUUUUGUUGAACGACGUGGGAUGUUUGCUGCAAAACAUGAGGGUAGGUCCGUGGGACAAUCAUCAAUAACUUUCUCUCAGGCUGCUCUCAGGAGGAAGUGACCUCGCUGCCAGUGGGGAAAGUGACCUCACACCUAUUGGGCCUUUUUCUUAAAAAUAGUGCAAAAUUUUCUUCUUUAAUAUUCCAAACUAAGUGACUGUUUUUCAGCAACAUUGAGCCACCCUUCUCCCCCUUGCUCUCCUUUCCUGUCCCCAGACAUUCCUCAUGUCCCACUCCCAUCUCCGUCCCCAACAAUUGACUCAUUUUCAAAGCACAGCUGGUGCCUGCAAACUAUAUCCCUGCUCCUCCAGUCCCUGGUGCCAGCACUCAUUUGCCUCCCCUCCCUCCCGAGGUCACGGUUGUCUCGGAAUGGGCAUGGAUGUGAGAUGAUGCUUGUCCACUCCACUUUCCCAGAACAGCUGCAUCUCCAAGGUCCAAGCCAUCUUGUAACAAAACACAAGAGAGACCCAGUCGUCUCCUCGUUUUGUACGAUCGCAAACUGCUCACUUUGAUACCAUCUCAGAACAGCGUGGCAGAGACACCGACCCCAGAGCACAAACCAGAAAACCUCAACUUUGGCAGAUCACUGAGCGAGGAUGGAAGGAGGCGAUGAGUUUGCACCUGUCCCUCAAGGAAAACAAGAAUGCUUGCUAAGAACAUGCGCAGGAGUGGACUGCAGUCAGCUGCUUCCAUCCACAGAGGAUAAGCUUUGGAGGAUGAAGGGAAGAGGACAUCUGUUGAGUGUGAUGGGGAGGUGAUGGUCAGAUGUGGUCUAGUUCAUAUAACUUGCUAUCAAAGCAAAAGCACUGUGUGACAGGGUAUUGCCUGUGGAUUGAAGAGUGGGCAGAGUAGGGGAAAAGAAUUAGUUAUCAAGUUGAUUUCAUUCAUCCACACACUUAAAUACAUAGACAAUGCUUUCUACAAUGGCCAAUGAACGAUGAUUCACAGUAGUAAGGAGGCUGUUGCAAGAUCUAUAUUCAAACAGCAAAGCUUAGAGACACAUUUUGGUUUUUAAAUACCAGGCACUGUGUGUGUGUGAAUGUGUGUGUGCGAUUUCUAUUCGUUGUGCUUGCUUUCUUAUACGUUGGUCAGCUGAUCGACUUGCCAUGCACCUUAUGGACAUUUCAACACUUGCUAGAGGACUGAGUGCUGGGGACGUUUUGGUUUGGGUUGGCAACGUCAUGGUUUUAAUAAUUUGGUUAGGUUGCAGUGUGUCCCUGAUCAGAUGGUUAUGGCAGUGGAGUGGAAAGAGCCAUGGGAGCCAGUGAUAAGGAAACACACAAAAAUUGCUUUUUUUAAAAAUACAUUAAAAAUGAAAGAAACCAAAGGUUUUGAAAAAGUGCCACAAAUGAUAAAUACAGACCCUAUUCCCAUGACUUUUAUUCAGCAGUCUGGUCUGAUCUAAAGAUAAAAAGCUGGUUUCAGAGAGAUGAGUGACCGGUAGCCAGCUGUGCUGCCCAGAGUUGGAUUUUGUUUGCACAUGUGAAGGGAGGGAAGGCGAUGUAAGAGGUAUUGAAGGAAACGUGUGAUUUUGCACAGCUAGAGAAGUUAAAAAAAAAAGGGAAAGAAGAGACGUGUCCUGAUUCUGUUUAGAGCUGCAGGCUUUUCAUUAUUUUAAUUUUUUGCCGGUACAGAUUUUUUUAACUUUUUUUUUUUAAUUUGUCAAAGAAGAACUUGAACACCUCAGAGAACUGGCGAGAAUGAAAAACUCAUUGGAAGUGGGAAGCAUUGUGAGCUUCAAACCCUGACCCCCUUCUUUCCCUCCAACCCCUGAGGAUUUUAAACAAAUCUAUAUUUUGCUUCAUUUUUAUUUUUGUAUCUGAGCUUUUGGUUGAUUGGUUUUGCCUUGAAAAAUGUGCCGAAAUUGUGAUGUGAAUGUUUGGGCUCUGCUCUCCAUGCCCCUGUGCUCCCGUACUCCCAUCUUCCCUGUCCCCAUGGUCCUAGGAAAUGUCUUGGCUCCCCCGCUCCCCAAUUUAAUUUAUUUUUUUUAUGUGCAUGUGAAAUACAAUUAAAAAAAAAAAGACACACAAACAGAAGGAAGAAUGAGCCUUGCUAUAAUCUAGGUGAGUUACUUUCCUGAUUCCUUUGCCUAUGUCUUUUCUCCGGCUGCCUGUGACCACCCAACCUGAGUGGUAUGUCAUGCUCAGGCCUGGGAUUUAAGCUACCCAUUGAGGUUUUGAUCCAAAGCUCACUGAAAUCAGUGGAGAAAUGCUCCACCCUCCUGGCUUCGCCUCAGGGCCCAGAGUUCCUAGAUCACGUGUUGCAAUUUCAUGGGUGUGACCCACAUGCUGCAGGCAAGACAAUUAAAGAGCUCCGAAUGUCACCAGAUGUCACGAGGCAGGCCUGGGGGAUUCUGGCAGACUUCCGGACAAAUCCUAGCACUGGCCCUGUGGGUUUUGGUAAGGGAAAGGAAGAGUUAACUUGGGGUAUUGGCACCUGGGUCUGAGCAUGUGGCAGCCACAGUACAAAGCACUGCCCAAGAGACCAUGUCCUCACUGAUGCUGCGUUCCUCCAUCUGUGUUGUUAGGACUACUGGAGCACCUCCCGUGGAUCCUUGUGCUGCGUAAGCUGAGCUGCUCUAUGAUUCUUUCCUAGUGAAUUGUGGGAGAACUUGGCUGUUCCUCUGGGCACAUGGGGGGAUUGUGGGAGGGGACUGGAAGACGAUCAGCAUUCGAGUGAUUUAACGUGAGUCCUCAUUGCAGCGUGAGUGAGAAUGGAACCCAGACUGUAGUGUAGCCUGUAUCCACAGCUAGCCCAGUGAGAGGGAUUUGUGUGUGGACAGGCAGUAGGUUAGGGGAAAUGGCUGAGUAACUCAGCAUUGCAGCCAUACUUUGAGGUCUGUAAAGGUGGAACCUUUAACAAACACUGUGAAGCAUAGGGAUGAUACAAACCCAGGAGAAACCGUGGAACCACAGCCUCCUUCCUUGCAGGUGGGACUGAUCCCACACUGGUCCUGAGCAGAUUCAAUUCAUAGGGCAGAUCCUCAUCUGUUGGACACCUGCAUCGUUCCACUGGCUUAAAGGCGCUGCAACACUGAUUUAGACAAGCUGAGGCUCUGACCCCUGUGAUUACCUCUUCAUCUCAUUCAGAUGUCAGUGCCCAGGCAUGAAAGCUAAGAUUUAAAGAGGCUUUGCCAGCUGAUAGCUAAUUGAUAAUUGGAUUGCUUGUCAAAAGUGCCGUGCUGGCUAAUUGAACCAUCUUAACCAUCAUCCCCAAGUGAAAGUUCUUACCCUAACAAGAGAUGGUCAGGGCAACAAAUUCACAUUUUGGUCAUUAAUAGUGAUAGAUUUUUUAAAGUCUAAUGGCCUUUUUCCCCAUUGGUGCAGAGAGCCAGCCAGGGCUGGCUCCAGGCACCAGCGCAGGAAGCAGGUGCUUGGGGCAGCCAGGGGAAAGGGGCGGCACGUCCGGUCUUCGGCAGCAAGUCCCUCGGUCCUUCUCGGAGGGAAGGGUCGGCCGCCGAAUUGCCACCGAUCACUGCUUAUCUUUUUUUUUUUUCUUCGCCACUUGGGGCAGCAAAAAAGCUGGAGCCGGCCCUGGAGCCAGCACAAGGGUUACAUGCCACUCACAGCAGUCCACAAGUAGAUGUAACUAGUAGUCAAGAGAUGAGACAGCAUAAGAAAAUGUUGGCUGAUAUCAAGAGGAAAUGGCCUAAUAAUAAGCUCUACUGUAGAGAACAACCAAAGCCACAAAGUGUGGAUCUUUUGUCUUCUAAGGGAAGUGCUAGAAACCCAAAUGGAUGGAGUCCAGUUAAACUGGACUGGGAGUAGCCCUGAGUUGUGAUUAUACAGAGGGCCCUAAAGUACAAUCCUGCACUCACAAAGGGAUGGACAAAAAAAAUCAACUUUCACUUGUCUUUCCUGCCUCUGACACCUAUGCCUAUUAGUAUGACAGGCCUACACUCAGCUGCUGCUAGGAGAAUAUGGCCGGAGUAUCGUUCCUGUGGCCUGCUGCUCAUUUUGAACAUUGGGAUUUGGAGAAAAGACUUCAAUCAAGAGCGGCAGCCUUAAAAAACCUGAGAGUGGCAAGUAAGGCCCUGACGCAAAGCCUAUGGAAGUCAGUAGAAAUGUUCCCGCUGACUCCAGGGGGCAUUGGAUCAGGCCCUAAUGGCAGCAGAAAAUUGACAGGCGUUUCUGACUGUGAUUGAUUUUUCCAGCUCUAAUUAUCUGUGAUUCAGUCACUGGCAAUUGUGGCAAGACAAACAGAAAAGCCAGGGUGAGGAGAAUGAACUGUGUUUCUUCCAGUGGGAACGUCCUUGUUCAAGGUCCCGUCAGUUAAACCUGUCUGAAAUUCAUUGAAUUUUGAGAUCUGAAAAAUAAAUGUUAGCACCAUUGUAACUGAAUUUAACCACCCCCCACACACACACACGCACACAUACACACACUUUUUUUAAUAAACAUUUUUUUUGACCAAUUCUAGAGACUACAGGAAUAAACUACCUAGGGAAGUGAGGAAUUCUCCACCUCUUGAUAUCUUAAAAUCCAGAAUGCCUGUCUGGAAGUUAUGCUUUAGCCAAACACAAGUUAUGGAGCUAAAUACACAUGUAACAGGGUGAAAUUCAGUGGCCUGUGAGACUCUGUGUCUGGUUUUGGUCAUCGCUGUGUAGAAAGCAUGUAGAGAAACUGGAAAGGAUCCAGAGGUGAGUGACAAAGAUAAUCAAAGGGAUGGAAUGUAAGUCAUACGAGCAAAGGCUGGAGGAACUGGGCAUGUUUAGUUUGGAAAAGGGGAGAGUAAAGGGGGAUAUGAUCACAGUCUUCAAAUACUUGAAAGUUGCCAAAAAAAGAUGGAGAAAAAUUGUUCUCUCUUGCCACAGAGGGCAGGACAAGAGGCAACAGUUUCAAACUCCAGCAGAGCAGAUUUAGAUUAAAUUUCAGGAAACACUUUCUAAAUGUUGGAACAAUAGAACAGAUUAUCUGGAGAGGUUGUGGAAGCUCCUUCACUGGAGGCUUUCAAAAGGAGUCUGGGUGGCCAUCUGUCUGGGAUGUCUUAAACUCAGGGCCGGCGCUACCAUUUAGGCAGCCUAGGCAAUCGCCUAGGGUGCCAGAAUAAUUGGUGGGUGCCAUUUUGCCAGAGGGGGCGGCAGGCAGCUCCGGUGGAGCUGCCGCAGUGGUGCCUGUGGAGGGUCCGCUGGUCUGCGGCUCCGGUGGAGCUGCCGCAGUCGUGCCUGCAGACGGUCAGCUGCUCGCGCGGCUCCGGUGGACCGCCCGCAGGCACCACUGCGGCAGCUCCACCGGAGCCACGGAGCACCGAACCCUCUGCAGGCACCACUGCAGCAGCUCUACUGGAGCCGCGGGACCAGCACGCAGGGUGCCGAAAUUGCCGUCCGCCUAGGGCGCUCAAACCCCUAGCGCCGGUCCUGCUUAGACUCAGCAAAUCCUGCAUCUUGGCAGGGGGUUAGACUAGAUGUCCCUUGCGGUCCCGUCUAACCCUGGGGUUCUGUGAUACAGGAGGUCAGCCUAGAUGAUCUAAUGGUUCCUUCUGGCCUUAAGCGCUGUGAAUCUAUGAGCUGGUGAAAAUGGUUUGAAUUUAAAAAGAAAAGGUUGAGGGGAAAAUGUGUAAAAUUUUUGGGGAAAAGAUGGUGACAAGUUUUUCCUUUUUUUAAAAAUAACUCAUCACGAGGGACAGCCCUGGCACCCAGCAGCAAACCUCCUGACGUUUGGAAGGUGCUAUUUAUAGGCCACAGAACUUUAUUAGUGUCCCCUUGACAUUACCAGGUAAAUUGAAAUAGGGAAGCAGCCCUGUCUUCUGGGCUUGGAAGCUGUCCCCAACUUGCAGUACAGGCAAACCCAGGUCCAGAUGCCCCUGUUGUGGAGACUUUGGAGAACACCCCGUCAUUCAGCCUUCAGCAGUUUGUUCAUCACCAAAGCUCUGUGGCUUUCUGUGCUAGGAUAGGCCACCCUGUUUUGAGAAUGCCACAUGCAGAGAAGCUAUCAGCCAUAAAUCCAGCCAGCUCUCUUCGCCCCCCCCGAAGCCAUUUUGGCCCAUUUUCUCCUUGACUGUGCGGGUCUGAAGACGCAGGGAAGAGGGUGUGAUACGUAAAUGUGUAUUCCUCCCCCUGCAGGGGACUCUGCAUAGCCACCAAGAAAAAACCCCCGUGGUCCAGCUCCUCCACUGGUGUAAAUCAGUAAAUGGUGGUGCCACUGAAGUCAACGGAGCUACAGUGUUUGUGGAUCUGGCCCACUGCAUCUGCAAAUGAGGUUAAUGCAGCAGGGACUGAGCAGCCCAACGACCCUCCAGAUGAGCUUUCAGUAGUAUCCUACCAUUGGAGGGUGUAGUGGGGAGUUCCCUGCCAUUAUCCAAGCUCCUAUGAGUCACACUGCGAGGUCCUCUCCCCAACACCAACUGGUGUGCGUCAGCAGCCUGAGCAUGCUCAGCAUAGCCCCUUUGACUUGCAUUAGAUACCCAUAUGCCGCAGCAUCCUCCAGGACAGUUGGGAGAACAGGCGUGGUGAUGCUGUGGCAGAGCAGCACCCUCAUUCGCCAUGGAUCGGGAUGCAAAGAAGGACCACUUGCCACUGUGAUUCGGUGAGCUGCCAUGCCCGUUGCGCAUGGGGCGAAUGACACCUCCAACUCAUUCCCUCACCCUUUCUUUUCUAGUUUUGACACAGCGGCUGUUCCUGUUCUUAGGGAAGCAGCCUGGUCUAAUGGAGUGAGCCCUGAAUUCUAAGCUCAGUUUUGCACCUACCUCCUCAUGUGGCCCUGAGCAAGUCCGUAACCUCGCUUCCCCUGUCUGUGGAACAGGAGACUAGCAGUGAGGCCGGGAGGGUUAAUGAUUGUUUGCAAUGCUCUUUGAAAAUGAGAAGUGCUAAGUAUUAAGGAUUAUUUUGGUCAACUGAGUUCCGAGUUCUCCACACUAUUUUAGAGGUGCGUGGCAGGGCCCAGGCUUCAGGAGGAGAAUUAAUUUGCAGAAUGAUGUUGAGAACAGAUUUAAACCCAGAAAAUCUUACCAAAAAAAAAAAAAAGGCAAGAGCAAAUAUAAAGCUGCUUACGCUGAUCCAAUGGUCACGAGCGCGAUAUUUUGUUGUUGGCGUUGUUUGUUGGUUGGCUUUCUGUUCUAAAAAUGGAGCGUUUACCUCAACAAUUUGUUUCUGCUUGGAAACAAAUCACCUGCAGGAGACUUUCACCAGGGAGCAACAUUCAGGGAGGGCAGGGACAGGGAACCUUUACAUUAAAAGGAUGGGGAAACAUUCUAUGCUUAGUACGUGUCUGCAUUUCCCUUUCGAUGAAAAUACACGUGUGGUCAGAUCCUGAGAUAGGCUCCUUCCUAAAUCACGCCGUUGAGUCCAACAGGGUUUGCAGCUGCUCAGCUGUACCAGGAUUCAGCUCGUUAGCAGAUUUGUCCUUCUGCUCUCAAAUGUCUCUGCUGGGUUUCUUCUCUCCGCACGCUGCAAGCUGCUGCAUUCCUGUGUGCCUGGGAUAUGGACCUAGGGUCCCAUACUCGGCACUGCAGCUUCAUCUGCAAGAUUGCCGAGGGGAGGCAGAAAGGGACUAAAAUUAUACAUGCAGAUCAGGAUAGCCACUGGGCCAGCUUCUCAGCUGCUGUAAACCAGGGUAGUUCCAUUGACAUCAAUAGAGCCACUCAAACUUCAAUGAGCUACUCUCACCAAUGCAAUCAAUGAGCUGUCCAGCCCCAAUGCAUCUGAUUCACAGAUCUAGAUUAUGCCACUCUCUAUAAGAUCCUCUUCUACCUCUAGACUCCAGCGUUCUGCUGGUUGAAUACCUUCAAGUAUCCAGAAAGCUAGACUCUGAAAUUCUGCUCCCCCUGCAGAAUUUUGCCGUAGGGGAGGGAUGCUGUUGUUAAAGAUGGAAUAACUUCCAGUAAAUGGCAAGCAAGGAGAACAUGAGGAGAGAACAGAUCCAUGUGGCUGACCAGCCAUCUCUCCCCUGAUCUGAAACCCCACUGCAAAGACACCCUUUCUCUAGUUGUCUCAGCUUGCUGAGCUAAGCCAGCAAUCCGACAGUGCCCACACUGUAUCCUGCACAGUAACUGCCAUGUCCAAGCCAACGCAGAAAUAUCCUGCACAAACUCUGUGUUGUUUUAAAUGUCGGUGCUGGUCUUUGCAAAUCCUGGGAGCAAACCAUUUUCCAACACAGUGAGGUGGGGCAGCGGGGGUGGGGGGGAAUUAAAGGGAGAUCUAGGUGCUUGCCCAAUAUGCACUCAAAGGGCUCCCAAACACUGCAUUGGCUAACAAACCAGUAUAAGUGACAGCUGAAUCAUUUAAAGCAACAGGUCAGUCCCUUUCUCUUUUCUGAACUGGACACAAAUUUUCUCAGAUGGCUCACGCUCCCCGCUGGCUUUGAUAAAGCUUCCACCUUAAACACAAACUCAAUGUCAAGACAUAUCCUUGGACGACAGUGUUACUAUGCGCCUCAAAGAGACGACCGCAUUAGAAAGGAUGUCGGGAUCGUUUUUGUUGUCGUUGUUGGUUUGUUUUCUUUGGAGAUGAUCCUAGUUACAAAGAAGAAAGCUCUCUACUAUUGAAAUUGGAAAGCCGUUGUUCCUUGGUAAAGGCAAAGCUUCUGUACCUUUGUUAUAAUUAAUUGUAUACCUGUGUAUGUAAAUAUAAGGCAUUCCUAUUUUGCAGUCCAGAACAAAAAAAAAUA